GCCAGGGUACCGCACGCUCCGUUUUGUACGGUAGUUUGACACGUAGGAAGAGAUGGCGGAACUCUUCUGCGACGAUAAGAGGAGAGAUGCGAGUGGCGUACCUGGUGUGCGUAACCUCAGGGUGCUCAAUGCUCACUUCUGUUGCCCGUCCCGACUCACCCUGACAGGUGGAGUGACUGUGAUAGUGGUGUUGCUUUCAUUCUUCCUCAUCGGCGGCGGACGACCGGUCGGGAGCGGAUCAGUUUUGGCGCAGUCGUCGGUGCGAUUCGUCCGCUCGCGCGCAGGCGCAAUUCCUCCCCACCGUCUUCCAGAAGACCAAAGGGUGCUGCUAACAUCCGGCAGUUGCCCUGGUUUAAAUGUCCUCGACGAGUCUCUCGUCGUUGGCUCGUGCAAAGGCAUCCUUGCGUAUGAGAAGGAAGCCCCGUUCGUCCUCGGUUCCAACGACACGGGUAUGGUGUGCAAACCGAUGGUACGCAACAUCGUGUUCCAGCCCGGUGGUGGUCCCAAGUUCUACUACCUUCUCGAUCAGGUCUGCUGGACGGACGGACAGAUGACAAAGCCAAGCAGGCGUCGCAUGUCAUUCUAUGAAUCAUCGCUGAACACGGAAGCAGUGGAAGGUCGGUUGAUAAGCGACUGGUGGCCGGCGCGCGAGGCAACGGGAGCCCGACUGACUCACUUCACGUGCCAAGACGAUAACUGCACGUCGUACAUGCAUGUCGCAACGGGGAUGGCUCUGUCGAAGUCUGGAUUGGAGCUGAUCUUGUCGGGAUACCAUUCUGCAAUUCCGCGGGGAUCUUGGCUCACCACGCUUAAUGCCGAGACGAGGGAGAGGAGUUCUGUCUCGGUGCAGGUGGAUUUCGCCACCGGGAUGGCUCUCGAUCCCGACAUGACCACUCUGUUCGUCGCGACGGGGGGGGUCCCUCCUCUUCGGAUCUUGUCUUCUCCGAUUACCCUUGAUCGCAACGGCGACAUUCCCAGCCAGGAACUCUCCACUCCCUCCCCUCUCUUCUGUUUUGAUCAGUUUCACGAGUGGGACGACUCAUCCAUUUACUUUGGGCCUUACAGUUUCCCACGCGAUGGCAGGUGCUUGCACUUCGUCGAUCGCAAGCCCGGCGGCAGCGUUUGGGCACUCGACCGUUCGUCGAAUGUGGUCCAUCUUGUCGCUGGACGUGGAUUCACCCCCGCCUACUCGCCGCAAAUAACAAGUAGAAGUGCUAACACCAGUGGAAACGGUAGCACCAGUGGGAGUAAGAUAGUGAUGUCCAACGCUUUAAGCGUAUCUUUCGGAGAGUUAAACGACCUAGUCGUCACGGAGGAUGGAAUGAACAUCGUCGUCUGCGAGAAAGACACAGGUUUUGUGAAGUGGAUAGAGCUCAACUCUCCAUGUGGAGUCGGGAUUAGAGUCACGAACGUCACGCGGUACACUAAACGCUAUGGAUAUGGCGUGGGUUCUUUGGCCAUGGGAAACUUCAGCGGGGAGCUUGUCUUGCUGCUAGGCACAGACGACGGGGAAGUGUUCCAGCUCACUAUCAACAGAUCAGCUCUGCAGCCUUAUGCGGCCCCACGUAGCGACUCGUCACCCUACCCCAACGCUGCUCAUCCCAAUUCCUCCAUCUCUCCUCCUAACCCUGCCAACGACACUUCGUCGCAAUCGCGGGGGGAAUCUAUGCGCAGAGGCGGAGAAGGCGGGAACAACAACAACGUCGUGCUGGGUGUCGGUGUAGCCUUCGGUGUUUCUCUGCCGCUUCUGUUAAUCGGGACAGUCGCUCUGCUAUGCCGUAGAGCACAGCAGCGCCGCCGAGGGCCAGAACGUUCUGUCCUAGUCCACGGCGUCGAAGUCUUUGAUUUGAAGACCUUAAGCGCAGCGACGAAGAGUUUCCCCCAGUCUCGACGGAUUGGGAAGGGGGGGGGGGGCACCGUCUACUUUGGAUUCCUGCGGGGUAAGAAUUCACCGGCAAGGCCGAUCGCUGUCAAGGUCAUGCCCGACGCACUGCCAAAAAUCAACGAAGACUUCUUCCACGCAGAGUUGGAGACGCUCAGCCGGAUACAUCACGUCAGUGUGUGUGGAUUGAUUGGCUACUGUCAAGAUGAGAGUGCGUUGAUGUUGGUUUACCCUUACAUGGCGGGCGGGAGCUUGUACGAUCGACUCCAUGGACGGCAUGAACGUCUGGAAAGAGAAGUACCAGGAGGGACAAUAGCGAGAGAAGCAGGGGGAGAAGGUACCGUAGCAGCGGCAUACGAAGAGCCAGGAGCGUCACUAAUAGUGAGAGAAACAGGACGAGGAACGGAAGGAGAAGAAGGAGGAGCACGCGGAGGAGGAGGAGGAGGAGGAAAAGGAGGGGCAAGACGAGAAGAGUCGGAUGCAAACGGGGGAAGAAGAGGAACUGAAGGGGGAGACCCUCCAGGGGAAGAAGGUACCGUAGCAGCGGCCGACGAAGAGCCAGGAGCGUCACUAAUAGUGAGAGAAACAGGACGAGGAAUGGAAGGAGAAGGAGGAGCACACGGAGGAGGAGGAGGAGGAGGAGGAGGAGGAGGAGGGGCAAGACGAGAAGAGUUGGAUGCAAACGGGGGAAGAAGAGGAACUGAAGGGGGAGACCCUCCAGGUGGAGGCAACGCCGCAGGAGACGUGCCAUUCUUGUCCUUGUCCUUCUGUUGUGGCCCGCAGAAGCGGUCAAUUACCGCUCCCGAAGCGGAGUUGGUACACCUCACACGUCCCUCCCCUCCUCUUACCCUGGUCGAGCGUUUGGUGGUGGCGUUUCAGAUUGCCAAGGCUCUCCGCUACCUUCAUUUCGAAAUCCGCCCCAGAGUUAUCCAUCGCGAUGUGAAGAGUGCAAAUGUGUUAUUGGGAGAAGGAGAAGGUACGCAGUUGAAGGCAUACCUAGCGGAUUUCGGUCUGGCCCAUGUGCUGGAGGACAUUCUACAAACAGCCGGCAAUACAUCCACGGGAAGGACGGGUUGGGGAACGCUUGGUUACAUUGCCCCCGAGUACAGCGAAGGGGGAAGGCCGAGACCGAAGAAUGACGUCUACUCUUUUGGCGUUCUGCUAUUGGAGCUCCUGACUGGCAAAAAGGCCGUAGUUAAAGACGAGAAACGUGGCAAAUACGUAAUCCUAAUCAACGAGCAGAUGGACAACCUGCUCAAGGCGGACAACCUGCUCAAUGCGGACAUCGUCGAUCUCGACAAGAUCGUCGAUCUCGACAAGAUCGUCGAUCUCGACAAGAUCUUCGAUCCUGCCAUUAAACAGCAAAUCCAUGCUGAACCGAUGAAGACAACGGUGAGAGCGAUGUUCCUUCUUGUUGCUGGUUGUGUUCGCGAAGAGAAAGUAAGACUUAGCAGCAAGGACGUAGCCACGAAGAUGGAGUACAUUCUGAAGACGGCCGGGAUAAUUGUAGAAUGAUUCAGGCAAUCCACACCCGUCAGCCGUUAGCCAAUCAGUGGA